CUACACCCAUACUGUUACUUUGCUAAACGUAAAUUUGCAGCUGAAGUUUCAACGCGUGUACUCAUAUUUUCUCGGAAAUAGCUAGAUAUUUUCUUAAACUAUUGAAUAAAGUGUGUCCAAAAUCAGUAAAAAUCGGCUCAUUAUGGAUUCCAACGGAGAUCGGAUAGAAAAGCUGUAUAAAAACUACGAAAUUUUAACCGACGCUAAGGAAAAAAUUGGGGAGCACGAGUUGGAGUAUCGUGAAAUUCUUGAUGCCGUUAAGGGUACGGCGAAGGAAAAGCGAUUGGCUUCGCAAUUCAUAGGAAAGUUUUUCAAGCAUUUUCCUGCACUAGCCGAGAUAGCCAUUGAUCGGCAACUGGAUCUGUGCGAAGAUGAGGAUGCUCAAAUUCGGAAACAAGCAAUCAGAGAUCUUCCCCAACUGUGUAAGGACUCGAAGGAACACACACCCAAAAUAGGUGACAUUCUUGCCCAGUUGCUGGUUACAGAAGAUGUCACCGAGUUACAGCAAGUGCACCAGUCCUUGCUUACAUUGGCAAAGUUUGAUGCCAUUGGAACAUUAACCGGAAUCUUCAGCCAAAUUGUGUCGGGAGACGAAACUACACGUUAUCGUAAUUUCCAGUUUAUUCUUAACAAACUAAUGAAAGUUGGAUCAGAUGUCAUUACAAAGGAGGUGGAAGAUUUUGUUAUUGCUGAAAUCAAAAAGAUUCUUUUGGACGUCAGUGCCGACGAGUUCCACCUAUGUAUGUCAAUUCUCAACCAAACAAAGCUAAGCAAAACGGUAACCGGUCACGCUGAACUGGUUGCGAUUGCGACCGAGCAAGCGGAUCUGGAUGCCGAACUUGGGUCACUGGCUAACGACGAUGAAACUGUUGAGAGAUUCAUUCAAUGUGCUAGCGAAGCGCUUCCGUAUUUUUCAUCUCAAGUUGAAUCAACUCAGUUUAUCAAAUUUAUGUGCGAGAAGUUGCUGCCACUAAAUGUUUGGAAGUCAAUUGGAGCUGGGGAAGACCAGCACACAACCCAAUUACGUCUCCUAAAAGUGUUUGCCGAAAUGUGUGCUUUUUGUGGAUCAUUAGAUAAACCGACAGAGAACGUAGAGGCAAUCUACAAUGUGCUAUUGGAAUUUAUGCCACUUCCACCGCUUGAUGCCGAUAUGAACGAAACGCCAUCGUUUCAAUUUUCGCAUACCGAAUGUCUUUUGUAUGCUCUGCAUACUUUGGGUAAACAAGCAGCCGAGUAUUUAACAUUUCCCAAUGAUAAUGGCAAACUAAAGGACUUCCGUUCAAGGCUACAGUAUUUAGCACGAGGUACACAAGGCUACAUCAAGAAGCUUCAAGAGACGGUAAAAGAUAAAACUGCUGAAGAAAAGAAGUCCGAGGAAAAUCAAAUUAAAAUCACAGCGCUGAUAACCACAUCCAACAUCAGCACGCUUAUUCGGGACCUGUUCCAUACACCACCAAGCUUCAAAUCAGUCAUCCACCUGUCAUGGGUGGCACCCAAGCCAAAUGGGGACUCCAAGUCACCGGGAAAAAGACACGCGGCAAUAACCUUUGACGAAAACGGCAAAUCCAAAGAUUCCAAGGGACCGAAGCACGCAAAAGGCAGCACGGGAGCACAAAAAGUCUACACACCUCCUUCGGGCAAAUAUUCCGGCAAGGUGCAGAAUUAUUCUUCCAAAAAUGGUGGCGGUAGCGGUAGUAGCAGCGGAAACAGUGGUCGUCGUUCGGGCGGCGGUAGUGGAAGUGGAUUUCGACGCAGCAGCUUUGGCGGACGAGGCAGCGGCGGCAGGAGACGAUACUAAGCAAUCGCUGCUGAUUGCGGACAAUUGCCUCUAAACGGGUGAGAUUGAAACACAAAGAGUGAACAGAGUACGAAUUUUAGCGCUAACUUUGUCCUACUAACAGCAAACAAGCUAUGGGAAAAUUUGGGGGUAAUUGGUUGACGGUGUUUUUAUUCGGUAAAUUUAAACUUAUGCUGCAGUUUGUCGUAAGUAAAUCUCGACGAAUCGCCACCACUGGAUAACUGGUGGAAUCAUCAACAUGGGAAGCCGGUUUUUGAAUCAGCUUGCAAUAAACUUUUAAACAUUUCUUUUUCAGGGCAGAUGCUGUAUCGAAAAUAUUUUCCACUCGUUAUUUAUUAUUCCGACUUUAUUGUUUUUUUCCUUUAAAUCAUCACAUUAGUUGACAAACUUAUUUAAUGAAAUGACCUUUCUCAUAUGUUUACCACAUUCCUAUUCUCCUAUUCUUUCCAUACCAUUAGAAAGCUAAAAAUUCGUACUCUUGUUAAAUCGCCGAAAUUUUUGAAAGAAAAUACUCACCGUGGGACAAAAUACAACAAACUAUCUCUGGCUCAAAGUGAACCGGUUGAUUCUAUCCAAAAGAGCGACAAACAGUAAACUGAAAAAAACUCAAACAAGAGUGUGUGCAGCCGAAGAUUUAAAUUCUGCUCUCAUAAAAUAAAAUGCACUCGCUCCAAGUGUAGUUUGUAUUGGCUUCCAUUUAUCAUUUUAAGCAGCAAACGAAGCCUAUACUAUGCAUGACAGUGAUUUCUGGCGCAGUGAAAGUUUUUUUGUUAAAAAAGCAGUUAAUGUAACCGAUUUGCACACUUUGACUUCAAAUUUCGAGCCGCUGAUUACAACCGCAACAAGAGCAACAGCAGUUGUUGGCCGCAAAGUACCAGCCUCACGGAGUUAUUCUGAUUUUGCACAUGUUUUAAAAUAUUUAAUUAACCCUUAUAUAUGGCAAUACGAUACCUAAUAUGCAGGUUAAUACAUAUUCUAGUGAGUAGAA